AUGAAGGCGGACAUAUGGGAGUUUUACAACAAAGAAUAUGAAAGCAGCAAAACAUUCGUUCCUGCACAUCAGUACCAAUACGCCCCACAAUGGAAGCACUUGGUCACCCCAGAUCAUCCCUCCCCUCCACGAGUUACAGGUACUGCGGACUUGAAGCCCUCACAAGCCCUGAUCGGCGACAAGUGCCUUAGUCUUAUGAGCGUUUGA